UAGCUUAGAUUAGAUGUUGGAUUAGAUUAGAUUAGGAGGACGCUCUCCACUCCCUUCCUCCUCGUCCUGCUGCUUCGAGAAUAUCGUCCUGCUGUGCUUUCUUCUCCGAUCGUCGCCGGCAGCCAUCCGUCCCCUUCUCUUCUUCUUCUCCCAUCGCAGCCGCGGCAGCCGCUACACCUCUUCUCCUUAUUCCAUUCGACGCCUUUUUCUUCUCCAUCCCUAAUUCAGAGGAUCCGUCGCCGCUGUUAACCGGAGCACGGCCACGCCAGCCCACCGUCUGUAGCCUCGGUAGUGGGCGACCGGCGGAUCCACAUCGCCGGCCACGACAUCACCGAGGGUGUCCAGUGGGCGUCGCUGAUCCAGGCUCUCGUCUUCGGCAAGGACGGUCCCCCGGCGCCGCACCAGCAGAUCACCGCCGUCACGGCGGCGCGACGGGGGGGGGGGUGCGGGUGGUGCUGGAAACGGGACGGCGGCUGGUGGUGUUCGGGGCAUCUCUUGGUCAGAAAUUGGGAAUUAGGUCUCUAAUCAGGUCUCUUUUCCUCUCCUUCCUCUUCCGCCGCACUGCCAGUGGCUAGCAGGCGGUGGACGUCCGGUGAAUGUUGGACGCACAGCACCGGUUUUAAAAAAAAAGUUUCAGUAAGCUCAAGGCUUGGCCCAAAGCUCAAAGCCUGAGUAAGUACCGGACUCGAGCCUAGAAAGUAGGCCCGAAGGUUGAGCUGAUCCUAGGCCUGACUAUAUUUAGUUAAUACCUUGGACCAAGCCAGGAUCUAACCUGGCCCAUGAACUCUACGACUACAAGUACUGAGUCCGUAACAGAGAUCCCAUAGCAAAAAUUUCAGGUAGAUGAAACAUAAUGAGCAUGAUAAAUCUUGGGAUUGCAUUUCCAUUUCCACCUCAUAUGUGCCAGGAGAAGGUGCAACAUAGACCAUUUCAUUGUGUGGGGUUCUCAAAGGCCACAGAAGCUGUGAGAAUAAGUCAUCAUGCAAGAAGGAGGUCAAUAAUCUCUGUGGUACCAAAUAGAUGUGAAUGCUUGGAUCUCCACAAACACCAGAUUCCUUAUAUGGAGGCAUGGUCUUGGCAAAAAUUCUUGGUAAGAAGGAGGCACAUUUUGAUAGAAAGAGAUGAUGAUCACUCUGACACGUUGAUUGUUCUUCAACAUCCUCCUGUUUAUACAUUGGGUACUAGCAGUUCGGAGAAAUACCUGAAUUUUGAUAUACAAAAUUCUCCCUAUGAUAUUUACCGGACUGAACGUGGUGGAGAAGUCACCUAUCAUGGCCCUGGACAGCUUGUUAUGUACCCUAUUCUCAAUUUGCGGUUUCACAAAAUGGAUCUGCAUUGGUACCUUAGGUCACUUGAAGAAGUGAUAAUCCGGGUCCUUUUAUCUACUUUCUCUGUCAAGGCCUCAAGGUUUGAGGGUUUCACUGGAGUUUGGGUUGGAAAUCACAAGGUUGCUGCGAUUGGAAUUCGUGUCUCUAGAUGGAUAACUUAUCAUGGGUUGGCAUUGAAUGUUACACCAGAUUUAACUCCCUUUCAGCACAUAGUUCCCUGUGGCAUACGGGACCGUGAGGUUGGUAGUCUAAAGGAGCUGUUGGGAACAACGGAAGAUACUACUUUAAUGGAUGUCGCUCAUAAAUCCUUGAUUAAAGAAUUCUCUGAGGUUUUCCAGCUUUCUUUUGAAUAUAAAUCAAUCUCUGAAUUGGACCAUCCUGAGGGAAAAUCAUGAAGUUUGUUUGCAGAGAAGCCAUUUCUUCUGAAAGAGCACUCAUUGUUGAUUGAUCGCUGGGAACCAUGAGAUUGCGCACCCACUCUGGCAUGUGGAGACCAUUGAUUUUUGGGCUAUAUAUUUCAAAAAUUGUUCAGAUCUUUUGUUGUUAUAUCAGGCAGCCUCAUUCCAUAGAUGUGUGCAAGGAUGCAUAGUUCUUGGGCAAGCUCUGGUUGUACGCUAGCUUUAUAGUUUUUCUUUUGCCUGCUGGCUUUCUUUCCAUUCUUCAAAUCUGCCCCAGCUGCCCAAAACAAUUAGUGCCUAGCAUUAAAAGGAUUGGUGAUUUCAGGUUUUGCAUGUAAUCACCAAUUAGAGGGAGCACUUUGAGGAAAGCUGUAUAUGUAACAAGUUGCGUGUUCUCAAUUUCUUGAUUAAAUCAUGUAACUACUCGUUUAAGUUUUUGUUUUUUAUAUAAUGAAUGAGCCAUAUUUGCAUGAUCAAA